CGGAAGUGUAUUGUGAGGCAGCCGAGAGAGCGUCGCGCCAUUUUAUUCAACAGUAAAGUGGUGGAUGAAGUAAAAAAAAAUUGCGAGAAUUAGUAUUUUUUGUUUGCUUUAAAGCAGAAAAUGGGAAGAAAGAAGAAGAAGCAGUUGAAGCCGUGGUGUUGGUACUGCAACAGAGACUUUGAUGACGAGAAGAUUCUCAUCCAGCACCAGAAAGCGAAACAUUUCAAAUGUCACAUAUGCCACAAAAAGCUGUACACGGGACCUGGCCUGGCCAUACACUGUAUGCAGGUGCACAAGGAAACGAUAGACGGAGUUCCUAAUGCGAUACCCGGCCGAACCGACAUCGAGCUGGAGAUCUACGGCAUGGAAGGCAUUCCGGAGAGAGACAUGCAGGAGAGGAGGAGGCUUCUGGAACAGAAAGCUCAAGAAAGUCAGAAGAAGAAACAGAACCAAGAUGACUCUGAUGAGGAUGAUGAGGAUGACGAACCUGGGCCGUCGACAUUUCAGCAGCCGCCUGUUGCCCAGCCUCAGAAUGCCUACAUGCCCCCGGCUAACUAUUCGGGUAUGCCUCCUAUGAUGCCUGGUGUUCCACCAAUGAUGCCUGGAAUGCCUGCAGUGAUGCCCGGAAUGCCACCUGGUAUGAUACAGAUGGGAGGGAUGAUGCACCCAGGGCCCAGAGUGCCCCUCAUGAUGCCAGGAAUGCCCCCAGGAAUGCCCCCUCACGUACCUCGGCCUGGGAUGCCCCCAAUGGCUCAGGUACCUCCAGUGACGGCACCAGGUGUUCCACCCCGACCAACCGCACCUGUCGCUCCGCCUGCUGCUUCCAAACCUCUCUUCCCCAGUGUUGCUCAGGCUCCGCAGCCGGUGCCCACUAACGCUGAUCCUCCCAAAGCGACAUUCCCGGCCUACACACAGCCUCCAUCGUCCUCCUCUUCCUCCACCUCUUCUUCCUCCGGUUCUGCUAGUAGCACUGCGGCUAAGCCGAACCCCCCAGCAGUCUCCUCUAAGCCCGCUGCUGUCUCCAGCUCCAGUGCUACCAGUAAGUUGAUGCACCCUGAUGAGGAUAUCUCGCUGGAGGAGAGGCGAGCUCAGCUGCCUAGAUAUCAGAGGUUGAUUCCUCCUCGCCCUGGGCCGACUGUAGCUGGUCCAGUGCCCCCUGCUGCGGCGGUGGGGGCGUUACCUCCACAGCGACACCCCAUGCACGGUCAGUACGGCGCACCUCCUCAGGGAAUGCCGGGUUACAUGCCGGCGUACGGACAGGUGCCUCAGUUCCAGGGCAUGAGCCGAUUCUGACACGCCUGCUAGGUUUGCUUCAUUUUCUGCUGUUUAUUUAGAUGAUUUAAAAAAAACAAAACGGACGGAGAGACUCACACCACCACGCAGGAUGCUCACACACCCAUUAUUGAAUAUUAUGUGGGUUUUUUUGGGUUUUUUCCCCCUUUUUUUUAUUUCUGAUUGUGUUUCAUUCAGGUUUAAAGCUGUAACAGUGUCAGCGUUUCUCUAAGGCAAGUUCAUGAUGAUUAUUAUAAUUAUGGUAAUUAACACAACUGUAGUGUGUGUGUGUUUAUUCAGUGUGGAGCCUUCGCAGCACGCUAGCAUGUGCUGUUGGACGUUGAGUCCCCAACACUGGUUUGGUGAGGGCUUCAUCGUAGGUAUGUGCUGAUAAUCAGGUAGAACCAGGUGUGUGUGUGUAACUCGCAUCAUACUGUUAACGCACAAUUUAGUGCUUUCUUUUUUUAAUGAGGAAUUUAUAUAUAUAUAUAUAUAUAUAUAUAUAUAUAUAUAUAUAUAUAUAUAUGUAUAUAUAUAUAUAUAUAUAUAUAUAUAUAUAUAUAUAUAUAUAUAUAUAUAUAAAAUAUCCUUUAGACACAUUCCAGUUUGAAGUCUUUCAGCACAUACCUACUUCCUGUGUGUUUGUGGAUCUCAGUAAACAGUUUAUGGCUGUAUGUUUUGGAUUUUUUUUUUUUUUAAAUAUAUAUAAUUUUUGAAUAAUAUGGAUUAAUAAACUUUAAUUUCAUUUCUUG